UUACAGUGGAGUUAAAAUGGCGGCUCCUGUUGACAACGAUUUGAUUGAAGGUGAUUUACCCAGAGCUGUUGAGCUGCUGAACAAUCUCACAGAACAGGUGGCUUCAGUCACAAGUCAUGUUCGUGAGCUGCUAACUAGAGUCAAAGAUGGGGCGCUUAAAACAUCAAAGGGUUUGUCUUUCCUGGACCUUCGCUACCACCUGCUGCUCUUCUACCUGCAGGACCUCACUCACCUGAUCAGCAUCAAGACGGAAGGAGGCAAAAUCAAGGAGAGCGACGCCUUGAACAGAGUGGUCACAAUCAGAACGGUCCUGGAGAAAAUGCGGCCGCUGGACCACAAGCUGAAGUACCAGAUCGAUAAACUGGUGCGCACGGCUGUGACUGGAAGUUUAGCUGAAAACGACCCGCUGCAGCUUCGUCCUAAUCCUGAGAAUCUCAUCAGCAAACUGGGUGAUUCUGGGGAGUCUGAAGACGAAGCUGAGGACAAGGCGGCCUCAGAGAAGAAAGCAGCUCACUCUAGUGGCAGGAAAUAUGUACCGCCCAAGAUCGCCCCGAUGCAUUAUGAUGGUGACAUGACGGAGGCAGACAAAAAGAAGGCCCUGGUGGAGCGUCGCCGACAGGCAGCUCUCAGAAGCUCCGUGAUCCAGGAGCUGAGGCAGCAGUACAGCGACGCCCCCGAAGAGAUCAGGGACAGACGGGACUUCCAGAGCGAGCGAGAGAGCCGCGACGAGCUGCACAGGAAACACUACGAGGAGUCGAUGAUGGUGCGUCUGAACAUGCCAAAGCAUCAGAAGAACGCCAGGAAGAGAGGCCAGAUGGGCAUGUCGGGCCAGCUCGGCGGCAUCACGCACUUCGGCGACAUCUCGGCUCUGACCGGCGGCGAAGGCAGACAGGACGGGGACGACGCUCGACCCAAGAAGAAGAAGAAGCUGAUGAAGAAGAAAACCAAAAGAAAAGCUUUCAAGAAGCACAGAUAGACCUGAGGCAUCGUGUCAGGAGACCGCAGGAUUUCAUCUUUUUAGUUUGUUUAAAAAUUCCCCACCACACCGCAAUAAACGUUUACUGUUCAACCUUUCA